AUGGCCAACGAUGUUAAAAACACACUGAUUGAACGCGUUAAAAAAAGCCGAUAUUUUUCCAUAGAGCUUGAUGAGACAACAGACGUCGCAGAUUUAGCACAAUUAUUGGUUUACGUGCGAUAUGAAAAUGACGGUGCAGCUACGGAGGAUUUGUUGUUUUGUCAACCACUUCAGACCAGAACUACAGCAGACCAAAUAUUCCAACUACUAAAUGAGUUUAUGCAAGAGAACGGACUGGACUGGAAAAGGUGUGUGGGUGUGUGUACGGAUGGAGCAAGAGCAAUGACUGGCCGUAAUAGCGGGGUAGUGGCUCGCAUCCGAGAGGUGGCGCCCGAGAUGCGCUGGACUCACUGCAGCAUCCAUCGUGAGGCGCUGACAGUGAAGAGGAUGCCUGAAGAGCUUAAGUCUGUGCUGGAUUCAGCUGUAAAAACAGUGAACUUCAUCAAGGCCAGACCAAUGAAUGCUCGGUUAUUUCACGUGCUCUGUGAGGAGAUGGGAAGUGAGCAUGUCCAGCUUUUACUUCAUACUGAAGUAAGAUGGCUCUCAAGGGGGAAGGUGCUUUCGAGGCUGUUUGAACUACACAGAGAGGUGUAUCUGUUCUUGCAAGGAACAACCUCCCCCUUCGCAGACCUUUUUGAGGAACAUGUGUGGCUCUGCCAGUUGGCCUACCUGUCAGACAUUUUCUCUCGUUUAAAUGAACUCAACUUGGGACUACAGGGACUCUCUAAAGGAGUCACUAAAGCUGAGAAACAGCAAGAACUGUAG